CGGUAUCUGAAUCACAUGCAGCAAACCCAGAUGUCUGUUGUUCCGAGCGCCUCCCGCACAUGCAGCCCUAUAUAGCCAUCCUACCCACCUCACGGGGCAUCAUCAACCACAACCACCAGCCACCAUGAGUGACACACACCCCAAUCCCAAAGACUCCAUGAAGUCCACCUGGCGCCGGCAGGACCGCGCCCAGUGGACCGUCGCUCACUGGUUCUUCGAAAUCCUCGGAGUCCAUCCCAGCGACCUCAACAAACCCGUCCCCGUCCACCCCAAGACCGACAAAAUCCCCUUCAUGGGCCAAUGGUCCCAGCACCGCUGGGUCCUCUACCACUCCUUCAUUCCCCUCGCCCUCCAUCAAGCAUACGUCAUCUACACAGGACAAAAUCUCGGCCCCAUCGCCGUCUUCUUCUUCUACUCCUUCGCCUUCAAACUCAUUGCCAUCCACGAGUUGCAUGUCAUGCGCCGCAUGGGCCACAUCAUCGGCUUUCUAGACGGCGACCAACACGAACGAGACGGGGUUCCGGACGUAGGCGUUGUCAAAGUGGUCCGAUCUCUCAUGUCCACCUCCACUUUUCGACCCAUCAUGACUGUCUUCCUCAGCUACCGCGCCAGUCAGGCCCCCGCGCAAAUGAGCUGGGCCUGGCUCCCCCUCGAGAUUGGUCUCUACGGCAUCAUCCUUGACUUUUGGUUCUACUGGUACCAUCGAUUGAUGCACGACGUGGGAAGUCUCUGGAAAUAUCACCGCACGCAUCACCUCACCAAACACCCCAACCCACUCCUAACCCUCUACGCCGACACAGAGCAAGAGAUCUUCGAUAUCGCGGGCAUUCCUCUCCUCACAUACUUCAGUCUUCGACUAAUGGGCCUCCCAAUGGGCUUUUACGAAUGGUGGAUCUGUCACCAGUACGUGAUGUUUGCAGAACUGGCAGGACAUAGUGGACUCCGGAUGCAUGCCUCCCCGCCGUCAACACUGAACUGGUUAUUGAAGUUAUUCGGGGCGGAGCUGGUCGUCGAGGACCAUGAUCUGCAUCAUCGAAAAGGGUGGAAGAAGAGUCACAACUACGGGAAGCAGACUCGUCUCUGGGAUCGGAUUUUUGGGACUUGUCGCGAGAGGAUUGAGAGUUUGCCGGAGAAUGUGGAUUAUGAUAAUAAGGUUGUGAUGCCUGUUUUUUAAAGGCUAGAUGGGUUGCUGGAGUCUGUGUAGUGUUUAUGGUCGAGGCUGGGGUAGGUAUGGUGCAAGGGAGUAAUUUACAAUAAGCUUUAUUAAUUUUUUUGUUUGCAUCAACUAAUAUACUAUUUUACUAGGUCCUAGUCUGGGGUUGCGAGCACCUUAGUAAGCACUUUGCAACACAUUUCUAGAAGCAUGUAC